CUGAGGGCACCUACUGAAGUUCUUUUCAGAAAACAUUGCUUGACUGAAUUUCUGUUAGAGGAACUUGGUUGUUUUCUGCCUUUCCAAGAUGAUUGAAACACCUUUAAAACAUCCGGGAAUUCAGCUGUCUUCAGAGACAUCUCGGAGGAAGAACAUGCUGCUGGAUGCCGUCUUUUUUGACAGCAUUCCUUCAGGCACACUGACCCCUGUUAAAGAUUUGGUGAAAUAUCAGAACUCUUCAUUGAACUUGAGCAACCACCGAAAGAAUCCUUUCCCACAAAAGGGAACUUGUAAGAGUAACAAUGUAUUUCAGUCUACCAUGCUAGCAGAGCCUGCCAGCUCCAACAGUUCUUUUGAUAUCAGUGCUAUCAAGCCCAACAAGAAUGGAUUUAAAAGUAAAACAGACUUUGAAUCACCAGGAAAAAUAUUUCAGAGAAUGAAAGAAAGAGUUCUGCAAAACAAGCUAGAACAGACAACAAGAGACAAUAGCUUCCUGGAACAACUGAAAAGUGACAGUACUAAAACCUUCACUCUUGACAGACAGGAAAAAAGGCUCUUUCAGCGUACCUACCUCUGUGAAGAAAAGGAAAACAACAGAUUGCAUAGCAUUUCUCUGAGAGAAUUUCCAAUUCUGAAGCAAAAACAAGAAAAUAUUUCAGCUGCAGGAGUCUCUAACAAGACAUUAUCCAAAGCUCAGUUGACUAAAAAAAUUCUUCACCCAAAGGAGAAUAUGAUUGCAACCACUAAAUCCAAAAAGGACACAUUUAUUUUAGAAAACACUGAGUCAUCCUGUGAAAAAUUGCAAAAUACGAAUGUUGAGAGUCUUAGUACAAACUGUGUUCCUAUUAAAGGUUUCAAUCCGUUAAUGGUUACUGAUAGUGAGGUAACAACGGAAGACACUUUGAAACAGGAAAUUAAGGAGGGAAAUGAAAAAGCAGCACCCAGAGGGAUUGAUCUUUUAGAUUCCAUGGAAGAUACGUGUAAAAUUGUGCUUGCAAGUCCAAGAUUUAGUGUAGCUAUACCUCGAAGGUCAAAAAGAAUUGUUUCCAAACUGUCUCCUCCAAAUAUAUUUCAAACAGCUACAAAUGAAGUUAAAAAAACUCAGAUAAUCCAGCUGCAAGAAUGGAUGAUUAAAGGUGUCAAUGAUAAUACUGCUAUAUGUGUAGAAGGAAAACUGAUAAACAUGCCUAAUAUAUAUUGGCACAGUAAUGUAAUUAAAGAGCGGAUUAAACAUAAUGAAGUUAGAACUAUAUCAGGCAACAUUUAUAUUUUAAAAGGAAUAAUAGACCGGAUUUCCAUGAAAGAAGCAGGAUAUCCAAAUUAUCUCAUAAGGAAGUUCAUGUUUGGAUUUCCACAAAAUUGGAAAGAAUACAUUGACAAUUUUCUGAAGCAGAUAAGGACUAGUGAAAGGAACAGGAGAAAGACCAAACAAAACCAGAAAAGUGAAAGAUUUGUUUCUGACCUAAGAAAAUCAGUGAAAAAUGAUGGAGGAGAAGGCCGAACAACCGUCCUCCGGAAGGCCAGCAGCACGUAUGACCUGGACAGUGAUAACUCAGAACUAAAGAAUAACAAGCACAGUGGUUUACCAGGAACUGCAGAAUUAAACAUUUGCCAUGGUGAUCGCCAAAAGAAACCACUUGUAAGACGCCAAGAUGACCAAAAAAGUAAUACCAUUCAAAAUGGAGGAGGGUAUGACUUGCCUAAUCAGGAAUUAGGUGGAAGAAAUAAAAAGUUGCCUUCAAAGAAACUAAACAAUUUUGAAACGAUAAUUGAAAGUCAGAACCAAGAGAGAACUGAAGAAUUGAAUGUACCCAUUGAUAUUCUAACUUCAAGAGAACACUUUUUCUCAGAUGAAGAAAGAAAACACAUGACUGUUAAUCCAAAAAAAGCUUGUAUUUUGGUAACGCCGCUUAAAUCUAUGAAAGCUAUAGAGCAAAGGUGCAAGAAGUAUAAUCUGUCCUCUGCCACCAUCACGGCAGUAGCAGAGUGUCAAAGGGAAAGAGAACCAGACUUGAAUGAAACUGUAAGUCUUGUUAGUAAAUCCACAGAGACUCUAGAAAAUGCCUCUGAAGAUAGUGUGGGCCAUAAAAGUAAAAACAAAGAUGAUUGGAAUGAGUGUGAUUUUCUCACUCUCAACCCACAAAUAAAAAUACGUAGCCCUAAAAACAAGCAAAUGGGCACCUUGGACUUGAAAAAUACUAGGUUGUUAUCAAAACUAGAGAAAAUUGAAAACCAAGUAUCUGUCCCAUCUGACCAGUCCUUUUCAGAUUUGACAAGUGAGGAGAAUGAAGUAGAAAGCAAACUUAGAAGAAAAGUUAGGGUUGAUAAACCCAGAACAAGAAAAACCAAGGAAGCUAUGGUACAACUGAGAAAAACCACAGGCAACACCACGAGGGUUACAAAAUCAGAAACAGAUGAAAGUGACACUGAAUAUUUUAUUAAACAAAAGAAAGCUAAAUCUUCUGCAGAGACUGUUCAGAAAUCCAGUGUUAGGAAUGUGCUUCCAGUUGUUGAAGGAUCUGAUAAGACUAAAAGGUAUCCCUUGGAAUGUUUGCCUGGUUUAAAUCAAGAUGAAGAAUGGAGUGAGAAAGAACUGCGUAAACUUCAUUGUGCCGUUGCAUCUCUUCCAAAGCACAAGCCUGGUUUCUGGUCACAUGUAGCUGUCACAGUAGGUUCUCGGUCUGCUGAUGAAUGUCAGAGGAAAUAUGUGGAAGACCCUCGAGAAAAUGGAUCCCAGAAGCAAGUCACUAAGACAAAGGCAGCCAAUCCAAAAGGCCAAAACGGUAAGCGAGGUGAUGGUGACAAGAAGCCGACUGUCAAGAUAACUGCCAAAGUAGGAACUCUUAAAAGGAAGCAACAAAUGAGGGAAUUUCUGGAACAGUUACCAAAAGAUGACCAUGACGAUUUUUUCAGCACAACACCUUUGCAGAAUCGGAGAGUGCUGUUGCCAAGUUUCCAGUACAGUCAAGAUGAUGAUGAUACGUUGCCAAAUAUGGACAGAAAUCCAACAACUCCAUCUUCAGUUAUCUUUCCAUUGGCAAAAACUCCUCAAUGUCAGCAUGUCAGUCCUGGCAUGUUAGCCUCUAUAAAUAGGAAUGAUUGUGAUAAAUAUGUUUCUCGUAUACAAAAAACCCAUAAAAGUAAUGGUGGUGUUGUAUGGGCCAAUAUCAAGAAAGGAACAGUUGAAACUCAUGUCUCACCUCAGGCAACAUCAAGAAGAAAAACCCUGUUUAGCAAAGAUUUAGGAGAAAACUCUGGUGUUGGAAAGCUGUUCACUAAUGCUGUGGAAUCAGAUGAGGAAGAGAAAGAUUAUUAUUUUUCAAACUCUGAUUCUGCGUAGCAAAAAUAAGAAAAUAUGACUUCUAAUAAAGCAGUUUGUAUAUUGGUA